UCUGAAGUGCGCUGUGGACGCUGGGGCUCCCGGAGGGGCGCGGAGGUGGAAGUUUGCGCAGCCGAGCAACUGCGCGGAGGGAGGGAUUUGGAGCAUGGCGCAGCUGGCGGUGAUCCCGGGGUCGGCCACGGCGUGGCCAGGGCUCCUCAGCGAGGGCGGCCGCAAGGAGACGGACAUGCGGGAAGCGGCGUCGCUGCGACAGCAGCGCCGGAUGAAACAGGCCGUGCAGUUCAUUCAUAAGGACUCCGCCGACCUGCUGCCCUUGGACGGCCUCAAGAAGCUGGGCUCGUCCAAGGACACGCAACCUCAUAACAUUCUGCAGAGGCGCCUCAUGGAAACCAAUCUGUCUAAACUUCGAAGUAGUCGUGUCCCUUGGGCCUCCAAGACCAACAAACUGAAUCAGGCUAAGUCUGAGGGACUAAAGAAGUCUGACGAUGAUGACAUGAUUUUGGUUUCUUGCCAGUGUGCUGGAAAGGAUGUGAAAGCCUUGGUUGACACAGGCUGUCAAUAUAAUCUCAUCUCUUCAGCCUGUGUGGAUAGACUGGGACUCAAGGAGCAUGUCAGAUCUCACAAGCAUGAAGGAGAGAAGCUUUCUCUACCCCGGCAUCUGAAAGUAGUGGGUCAUAUUGAACACCUGGUGAUCACACUGGGCUCCCUCCGCCUGGACUGUCCAGCAGCUGUGGUUGAGGACAAUGAGAAAAACUUGUCCCUUGGUCUCCAGACUCUCCGAUCCCUUAAGUGCAUCAUAAAUUUGGAUAAGCACCGGCUGAUCAUGGGGAAGACAGACAAGGAAGAAAUCCCUUUUGUGGAGACAGUUUCCUUGAAUGAAGACAACACUUCAGAAGCAUAACUACAGAUUGCAGCAUGUCUGCACAUAUGCACACAUACCAGGUUGACAGAUUGAGAAAACUGGGUUUGAACAAAUGCAGUAGCAACUUGCUGUGGACCAAGUCCUUCCCUCUAAUAGAAGCUCCAGGGGCUCCUUCCCACCCAGUCCUCUUAGUCCAUGAUUAGAGAUCUUAUCUGGUUAUAGCCAUUGUUUUUUACUCCUCUGAUCACUUAAUUUAUAGACCUUUUGACACUGCCAGGUCUCACUUGUGGCCUACUUCUCUGCUUUCAGGAAUUUGCUUUUAUUAGUCCAGUAUAGGGGCUGCCAGGUUCUGUUUCUCCAUAGAUACACUUGCUUCUUUUCCUAUAGCUAAAAUAUAUGAUAAACAGGAACCUGACCUUUACCUCCUUUCAGUUGUUCCAAAGAGGUGCAAGAUACCUAUGUCUCAGAAUUAGAAUUUCUUCUAAUUCAUUCAUUGAUUUCUCAAAAAUAACUUUAUCUGAAAGAGCCCAGAGAGAUCAUCUAGUCCAACUUUUUCAUUUAUAGGUCCAGAGAGGCAAAUUAAUUGUCUAAGCUGUUAAUACUAAGUCAGUGGCAGAGGAACCUAGAACUCAGACUUGACAAGCCAAGGCUAUGUUCAUUCUCCCAUGCUGCCUCUUUUGUCUUCAGGCCUUGAGAGGAGGAUGAAGAGGUAAGGGCUUUAAAAAGGCAAGGUAGGGGAAAAAUCUGCUUUGGGGUUGGAUGCCAGGAGGAUCUGGGUAGCCCUUUCUCCUGUGUGCUAAGUCCACUAAAAGUCUCUGCCCCAAAUUGUCACAUUUAGGACCUUAUUUUGGUGCCUAAAAGCUGAGGGUACAAAAAUGAGUGAGGUGACCUCUCACCUUGAAAUUCUUGGAGAGGAGGAGAGGGAAGGAACCACAGACAGAAGAACAUUAAUCACUUUCUGAGAUGGAAUUGAAGGCUUUGGUAAAUAAUCUGGGGAUCAUUAUUAGACAUUGAUACCCUCAAGAUCUAGUCAGUAUUUCUGGCCAGACUGUUACUUGUCUGCCACAGACUCAAGUAGCUGGGGUCAGAAAUAGGGAAAGGAGAUGAAAAAAAUCCAAGCACACCCAGAAUAGAAGGAAGUACUAGGUAGAAUCAGUUGGUGGGAAGUCCUACCUAUGGAAACCUUUCUGGGGUGGAGGUCAGGAAUGAAAUUUCCAGACAGGGAACUGAAGGUUGGGAAACUCUUCAGCCUUGUUCUGCUUCAAGGAAAGAGGCAGGGCAAGAGCUGACAAUGUUAAGGGCAACUUUUUCUGGCUGCCCAAUGUCUGCUGACCCUUCUCAAAAUGUUGGAGAUCACAGGGGUGUCUCAAAGCUUUUUUGUUGGGUUGUCAGUUUAGGCACACAGAUACCUGUAAUGAAAUCUCCCUUUCAAUUUGGUCAUAGAAGUACAUGGAGAAGUCAGAAAAAUAAUCAGCUGUGAAUAUCUUUUUAAGAGAUUCCCAAGUCUGCCCUUGGUUCAUAGCAGUAGUUUCCAGAGCAUUUAAUGGAUCCCACUUUGAAUUUUGCCAGGUCCCAGCAACAAUCUCGUCAAGUGUUCAGCGACUUCCUCUAUCAAAUAACUCUUUGGAACUCUGAAUGUUUUUAGACUUACAGAAGUUCCCUAAAGACUAGGAACUUAGUGACCCUCAUUUGAACAGCUAGGCAGCUGGGUCUGGGUCACCCCCAGACCUCCUUAUCGGCCUUCAGCACCCCCUCCAAAUUCACCCCAUUUUUGCCUGGGCAGGGCGGGGGGGUGGUCUGUGCCUUUCCGUUGAGGCCUCUCCACUCUCCUCCUCUGCCUAUCAUGGCACCACUUUGGCCUGCUCCUUAUCCUAAGACUGAGUUGAAAUACUUCACCCCUUCCUCCCCAGGUUGAAAAUUCCACUCCAAGCCUUGACUCUUGGCCACAGGUGAGGCAUGUUGGAAGUUCCUUGGCCUGGCUUAUCCUUAUUUGGAUUCCCUGUGGACUGGGUGAGGCCAGGAAUUCUUAGGUGUUGGAAAGAUGUGACUAAUUCUGGCCCUUUGAGUUCAUGAUUCUGUGGCAUCAGAGGGAUGAUCAGAUGGCCUUUAGUGAUCUUUCUGGGUUCUGAGAAUCAGUCACUGACUUGCCAGUUUUAGAAUAGAAAUAGUUGGGGUGAUCUGAGCUUAGGGUAUCAUAAUCUCAGUGCAGUCAGAUCAUUUGAAUUCCCUAGCCAAAUAAUUGUACUUUAAACCUCAGGCUUGAUAGAGGUACCUAAAAAUGUCUAAAGACAACUAUGGGAAGUCUUGAGCUUCAUUAAUCUUUAAAUGCUGCCAAGUUGAUUAUUCUGAUAGCCCAUAUCUCCUUGAUAUUCAUGAGGGAGUACCUGAUUUACUUUUCAUGGGCUGGCAAGAUGAAAAGGUAAGGUUAGUUCUUCCCAGAAUCCUAGAAAAUUCUCUCUGGCACCUCUGAUUCAGGAUGUGGGAAGAAAGUGUCUACCCACACUGUGUUCUGGAGGCAGGCAGUAGCAGGAAGUAACCCUAUAGAACUAGUACUCCUCUCAUUCCUUAUUAGAUGUCCAUCUCAAAUACAGGAAGUUUGAAAAAUACUGUUUUUGUCAUUUGGUAUAUCUAUGCCUGAGUUAUAUGAGGAAAAAUGUUUUCUGACUUUUCUAUUUCCUUGCCCUGCACAGACCCCACCUGGUAAGAUUUUCUAUUCCUUAGCUCAAAGUGUCUGUAGAAUGGAUCACUUAUUGUAUCAGCUGCCCUGACUUUUGUGUAAUAAAAAUACCUUUCCAGGCUGGAAACAUGGAGGAGAUGGAACUGGAUUCUUUCCUCCUGUUGCCAGGCCUCUACAUUGGCACUUUUACCUGCUCAGUGUUUCUGGCUGUGUCGGGUUUAUUUGUGAGAUUGAUGUAACAAUAAAGUGAAAUCUUCC